AUGGAAUCUACAUGUCCUAUCUCAUCAGACGGUCUUGAAGCCAUUCAGUGGAUAAACACCAUCUUUGGUGAAUGUGUCUAUGGCUGGCAAGAGUGUGCGAGUUUAAUGUUUGGUUAUCUAUCCAUUUUAGCAUGGCUUAAUGCACAAAUGCCUCAAGUCAUAAAGAACUAUCGACUAGGCACAGCAGAAUCACUUAGUUUUACCUUUCUAGUAGUUUGGCUCAUUGGUGACGUCGCCAAUCUUAUCGGCUGUACCAUUCUUGGCCAACUUCCCUUCCAACUGUAUCUCUCGAUUUACUUUAUUACUAUUGACACCUUCCUUUGCAUCCAGUGGAUUUAUUACGUCAAGUACCCUACCAACUCACUUCGUCAAUGGUUCAAUCCUGGAAAGUGCCUGACCAAGAAGACCGAAACCCCUACAUCGACAUCAUCCACCGAGACCACAUGUCUUUUGUCUGAACCUAGCCAAAAGAGUUACAGUGCAUCUGCAAGUACCUCCAAAGCAACUGCUCUGCUUAUGAUUGGUCUCUUUACACUCGCAAACGCAGGAUUUUCUCAAAGCCUGACCACCAACCCUACGACGAAUGUGACAGACCAUAUUGUUACACAACAGCAGCAGAAGCAGUCUGACGAGAACAUGAUUUGGAUUGGUCGCUUCUUUGCAUGGCUUUGUACCUCCCUCUAUCUGUCAUCACGUUUACCCCAGAUUAUUCAAAACUUCCGCCGUCGUUCUGUCGAAGGCCUGUCGAUGGCCCUAUUCUUUUUUGCAGCAAUGGGCAACCUCACUUAUUGUCUCUCGAUCUUCACCAACCCUCAUGCCACUCGUCAGAGCAUUAUUGAGUCUGUACCUUAUAUUAUCGGUAGUGCUGGUACUCUGAUGUUUGAUGGCACAAUCUAUGCUCAGUACAUGAUUUUCGACAACAAAGUGAAGGAGACUGAUAGUCAAGCAUAAUUUCGUAUUGCUUUUAUUACCACACCUGUCCAACCCAACCCAACCCAACCCAACCCAAUCCAAUCCAAUCCAAUCCAAUCAUACCAUACCAUAUCAUAUCGAUCAAUCCAUUCGCUUUGUAUUAUAUUCAUCAUUAUUGUCACCGUCACCGUCACCUUCAUAUUUACUACUACUAUUACUAUCAUUGUUAUAAUAAUCAUCAUAAUCAUAUCACCCUUAGAUACCUUUAGUUUCUUCGCUGUAUUUAUAGUCUAUAAGUUUAUUCUCUUUAUCUUUCUUUUACUUUUUGUUUUGCUUUGUUUAAUUUUCUAUUGCUUAAAGGUGAUACACCCAUUUAUUCUCUGUAGUAGAUCGCACUUGAUUUAAUAUUAAUUUCAUACCAUUUAAAGGAGAAAAAGAAAGGGGAAUCGAGGUUGAGGCUGGCAAUGAUAAAUAAUAUCAAAUUAUAUAUAAUUAUAUAUU